AUGGACGACCACGGUAACUCACCAUCUCUAGACAUCGCCAUUAUAGGCGCAGGCGUCGUUGGCGUACACGUCGCUCUGGGCCUCUUACACCGAAACAUACCCUUCACCAUCUACGAACAAUCAAGUCGUCUCAAAGAAAUGGGCGUUGGCAUCGGAGUCCCCUCUAUAAUCAUCGAGUCCAUGACCGCUCUACACCCUGAUACCGCAGAGAACUUGCUCAAAGUUUCGAAUGUGCUUAACAAUGUGAAUGUUGUCAAUGGCAGCAGCGAUGAGGAUCUGAAACUGCGUCCAGCGGAUCGGCUGUAUGAUGUGGUCAUUGAGCCUUUUGAAUUCCGUGGUGCCCAUCGUGGCCGAUUGUUGGAUGGAUUGCUUCCUAUUAUACCCCCGGGUCGUGUGAGACUGGGGAAGCAUCUUGAGUCAAUCGUCGAUAGGGGAGACGGCGAGAAGCUUGUUCUCCAGUUUAGCGAUGGCAGCACUGCAGAAGCAGACGCAGUCAUCGCCUGUGAUGGCAUCAAGUCCCGCGUCCGCCAAAUCCUCCUCGGCAAGGACAAUCCGGCGUCCCUCCCGCACUAUACCCACACGAGCAUCUACCGUGGCCUCGUCCCCCUGGACAAAAUUUCGAAUAUCCUUGGAAAUCUUGCCAAUUGCGCCGUCCAAUACAUUGGCCAGGGAGCAUCCAUGGUGACGUACCCCAUCGUUGCUAAAGACGGUGUUUACGUCAAUGUAGCCGCUUAUGUGCACGACGAGGAAGACUGGCCUGAUUCCGACUAUAUGACCAGUGUGGGGAAGAGACAGGAUGUCGAAGCUGCGUUUGCUCAUUUCGGUCCUUCUGUAAAAGAGCUUGUAAAGACUCUCCCGGAGGAGCUCAACCGCUGGGCUCUAUUUGAUAGUCACGAUCACCCGCUCUCGAGCUACGCUUUCGGACGUGUGGUUCUCGCAGGGGAUGCCGCCCACGCGUCGACGCCGCAUCACGGUGCUGGAGCAGGCAUGGGCAUCGAAGACGCAUUGGUCUUGGCAACAGUCUUGAAGAAGGCAGCAGAUAGUCUUGUCUCGGCACAAGGCUCUGCAAGCAAGCAUAAGUCUCUCGAAGCAGCUUUCAGGGCCUAUGAUUCCGCCAGACGCGAGAGAAGUCAAUGGCUUGUUACCAGUAGUCGACAUAUCGGAGUCUCAGCGCAGUGGCGUGACCCUGAAAUUGGGGGUGAUCUUGAUUUGUACGCAAAGGACUUUACGGAGCGACUGCAUAAACUCAUGAACUAUGAUUGGAAGGACGCGCUUAUGCGGGCUACAGAUGAGUUUGAAAGGCAAUCAGAAUUGAAAGGGGAGUGA